UCAGUGUGAGGAUGGAUGGACGGGAGUUUGUACAGAUGCCGCCCCCGUUGCUCCCAGGACUACCCCUGGAUGGUGGUCGAGCCGGGGGUGGGGGAGCUGCAGGGCGUCUCGCAACCUCCACGGGACACUUGGCCCAACUCUCCUCUGCAAAGUACCUUCCACCUGCUCUUAAUGUGCACUCCCAUCCAGGUUUUUCACACCUCGCCAGCAGUCUGUACCCUUCCUACAUUCCUCUGGGUCACUUGGAUGCUGCUGGCAGUGGGAGCCCUCUGCUGGCUCAGCUGGGCCCACACAAUCUGUUUGAGUCCCAGAAAGAUGGAUUUUACUUGCCUGGCCAUGCUGGGCAGUCGGCCUUACACUCCCAGACAUCCUUGUCAAGAGCAUCUGCCAAUCAGACUCAGACCUCACACCUCCGUGAAAAGGACCCAGCUAGUUAUUCUCAUAAGAACUCCAAAGAAUCCACCAAGGAAAGGGUUUGCAGGAACGAACUCUUACCUGCUUCUUCUAGGAGAGAUGGGCGGCUGAAGGAGGAACUAAGAGCUCGCAGUGUGGUAGAUCUUACUGUGGACACUAAACUUGAGGGGGAGAGAAAGCUAGGUGGACAUGAGAGGGCUUCUAAGGCUGGAGAACGUCUCUCCCCAUUCUUUUCUGAGCACUUGCCAAACCGUGGUUCUAAUAAUGGGGAAACCAAGUUAAAGAACCCUCUUCAGACAUCCUUGCUGAGCAAUUGUAAUUCUGGAGGGGAUCUAUUGGCCAAAUCUUUGGGAUCUGAACAAGACAGAUGUGCCAAAGACCCUGACCGGCAUGAUGAGAAUAUGAAACCUAGUCAUACACACUUGGACAAAAAUAAGCGUGAAUCUCUGGUGACCUCAGCUAGCAAUUCUCAAGCUUCAUGCAGUUGUCCUCCUUCACACUCUUCACAGCCUUUAGGAAAAAUGACUCCACCCACAUUCCCACCACAACCCGUCCAUUCCUCAAUGUACACAAUCUACCCACCAGCUAAGGAGUCAGGUAGGGAGCACAAGGUCAUUGCACCCACUUUUGUGCCUUCCGUUGAAUGGUAUGAUGAAAGAAAUGGACCUAUACAAAUUGCCUCACAGGCCCGGGACCUUAAAGCAAAGGAAUGUGGCAAAGCCGUAGAGAGACCUGAUAUUUCUCGGAAUGUACUAGCCCCAGAAUUCCCCUCUUCUCAUGACAGUAAGAGAGUAGAACCACCAAAAGAAAAAGGUUCUGUAAUUCGCUCCAACUCCUCUCUGAAGAUUUCAUUGGGCUCUGAUAACUUUUUAAACCGUCCUGGAUUGAUUUCUCCAGAGAGCAGAGAUUUCAUGGCAUCUAAGGAUACUGAGCUUUACCCCAGUGAGAGAGGACAGAAGGUUAAGGAAGCUAGCAAGGUAUAUGGCUUAAUCGAGUCUCAACAGCAGCAAACUGAUCACUCUCAAAUGAAGCUGCCAGAACAGAAGUGGAAGCCAUUUGAGAUGGGAAAUUUUGCAACUACACAGAUGGCUGUUCUGGCAGCACAGCAUUCCCAGGCUGGUCGUACAGAGGAGGAUGCCAAGAAAGCCUAUUUUGAUUCUAACAGUACUUCUAGGUCUACAGGAAGCUGUCGGGUUGGUACUGAAUCUUUACAUCCAUCUACAUGCGUCGAGGGCUCUGCCAUGCAGAACCUUAUUAAAUACAGUGGGAACUUCGCCAAGGAGACAGCUGCACGACAGAACAGUGGUAAGAAAAGCCCUUUUGGGGGUCUUGGGAACAUGAAGUUGGAUGCGUCCCAAAUGAACGUUGCCAAGAUGCAACAACAGUGUUUGUCACAACCAGGAGGGAAGAACCUCAAGAAGGAUCCUGAGAGACCUGAUAGUGCCAAAUCAUUCGGACGAGAGAGCACGGGGCCGCAGGGAGAGGUGGAGGUUCGGCACCCACCUGUGGGCAUUGCUGUGGCCGUCGCGAGGCAAAAGGAUAACAGUGGAAAUAAAAUUGGCAGCAAUAAAGGUCCUGGGCGUGCAGAGGAGGACGGUGUGGACGAGCGAGUGCGACAUCGAGAUGAACGUCUGCUAAUGGGAAGAUUGGAGCGGGAACAAGAGAAGCUGCUGCGUGAAAGCAAGGAACUGGCUGACUUUGCCCGGAUGCACCCAGCUGGAUGCGCCACCAAUGGACUGAACUCUAAUUUAAUGGUAACAGGGGGCCCGACCCUGGCUGCUUCUGGACGCUGGCCAGUUGAUCCCACUUCGCACUUAGCUUCCCAUGCCUGGCUUCCCAGGGGGGCUACCCCCUCAAUGUGGCUCGCUGGGCACCCAUACGGUUUAGCUCAUCCCGCACUGCACCAGGGGAUGACACAAGCAUUCUCUCCUGCGAUGGCUGCUUCCUUCCCUCCAGCUUAUCAUUUUGCAAGAGACCCCCAGUCUGGACAGAUUAUGGUGUUUCCAACAGAACAAAUACCACACUUUGAGUUACUGGACCGCAUGCCCUCUCUGUGGCCAGCAAUGUACUCUCCGACACGCAGCUCUCUGCAGCAUGCACAUCAGCUCCAGCUCUUGUCCCAACAGCAGCUUUUGCGACAACACGAAGUGUACAUGCUUCAGCAGCAAGCAGCACAUGCCAUGGAGUUGCAGAGGAGCGCGCAGCUGGAUGCGCUUGAACUUCAAAGGAGUGCUCAACUAGAUGCGUUGGAGCUCCAGAGGAGCGCUCAUCUAGAAGCUCUAGAUCUGCAGCGAGCUGCUCAGUUGGACGGUUUGGAACUACAGAGGAGCGUACAGCUGGUGGAUCGAAUAAAAGUGAGUGAACAACAGGCCAUUAAUAAGGUUGCAAAACAGACUUUGUCCAGUAAGCUGAACCCAGCUUCUCACUCAGGGCUUGUACCAAGGAAGGCCGUCUCUCCAUCUGUCUCUGCUGCUUACAAUAAAAAACUCAGUUCUCUGCAGAACUCCCCAAGGCUGUCCCCUGUACCAGCCAUGAAAACAGAGAGUGUGCAUAAGGUAGAGGAGUUGGCAGAGGAGGAACCAUAUUAUCCUCACCCAGCCAGCCCACCUCCAAGGUCUCCCCUACCUCCUACUGUUGUCUUAACCACCAAAGAGGAAACUCCAGAAGAGUCAGAGGAUAAAGAUCUGGAUCCAGAGAAAGAUGUCACCUCUGCAUUCCAAGGUUUGCUCCCAGAGCUUGCUUCUGAAUAUCCGUUUCAGUCUCUGCCCACCACAUUAAGGCAGCAUUACCCUUACCUGAUUCAGCCAGCAGCUGCGACAAAUGCAGACAGUUUAGCUGCUGAUGUGCCUCUACCAGAGGGAAGCUGUGAGCAUGUGGACAGUUCUAUGGAGGUGAAGCCCACACACCUGACUGUUUCACAGGACUUGGAGCCAUUAUCUCCAGAUGCAGGAGAGGAACCGCUAAGGGACACUGUAAAAUCAGAGGAGGAGAAUCCUGAAUCUGCUUGCGAGCAAGUUAUUGAUGAACAACACUUAACUGAGUCAAGGGCAGAGGAUACAGAGUCUCAGAGUAUUCUCCUGCAGCAGUGUGAGACUUUCAUUUCUGGAGAGGGAGAGCCUCAAAGUCUGCAGAGGUGUCCGACUCCCAGGUCUCUGGGAAAUGACACAAACAUGGAUACGAUUAAAGAAACCUGCUCAACUCAGACAGACUUCAGCAAUACAUUCCCCCAGAGUGACAACGAGCAGAUGGAUGUGAUGCUAACACCUCAGAAUGUUCAGUUAUCUGGGGAAACAAAUGCGAUAAGUGACUUGAAUCUCUUUAAUGAUGAAUGUAGCAGUGCAGCCUUAGAGGAUACAGGCCCUGAGCCCCCCUACUCUAAAGAGGAGGAGGGUACAGACUGUAUUCUACUUGACAUGGUCUCUUUCAAUAUAAAACCAGAUGACCCGCUGGCUGGCAUGAAUGCCCUUGCAGCUGCUGCUGAGAUGCCACAGACAUUACUACCUAUUUUUUCGCAUGACCUACCUGUGGAUCAUGAUCUCCUCCACGGCAUUGCUCUCCUUAGUGAAAUGGCUGAAAUGGAACUGGAGAGGAGAAAGCAGGAAACUGAAAGCAUGCAGAGGUGUCAAGCGCAGUCCUCCUUGGAAAGUCUCCUGAUUGCCAGUACCCAGAUAUUGAUGGAGGUUUUGUCCUGUCCUGUCCUUGAUCGUCUGAAGGCUGAAUCUAUUCGGUUACCUCGAGAGCUAGAUCCAAAUAAGACGUACAGCUGGAUGCAAAAAAAGGAGGAGCCUCUGUUUUCUAUUAAGUCAGCUAUUGAGAAUAUGGACUGUAUGGAGCUGGAAUACAGGGUGAGGCUUGCAGAGCUACAGAGGAGGUACAAGGAGAAGCAGAGAGAGCUUGCCAAGCUACAGCGACGUAGGGACUCAGAGGAGAAGCGUGAGGAGAAACGUAGGAGCUUGGGAAGACGAGGCCCAGGGAGGCCAAGGAAGAGGAAGCAUGGAACCAGUGCUCUAUCUCCCCCGCUGGAGAGAGAGAAGAGUGACCGCAAAAGCAGAAAGUUGAGAAAGUGUCUUUUGCUCUCUGAGGACUCAGAGGCAGGAGAAUGUGUGAGAGUGAGGCAGCAGAGCGUCCUGCCUGAAGAUAACGAUGAGAUGGAAAACGUAAGUGCAAAACUGAAGGGCAGAAUUCGAAGUUGGGAAGAGCAGGAGCGAGGCUUGGGUUACGAGGUCCAUAGUAAGAUCAGAAAGAAAAAGAGAGGCAGUGAUCAGGAGCACCUGGCCAGCAAGCUGAACAAGGCUUUAUCUCUCACCAAACAGGACAAACUACGGACCACAUUCAAGUUUUCAGACAGCAGUGGGGGGGAACACAAAGGGGAAAGGAGCAGCAGAUGUUUGUCAGCCCCAGAAUCUGGGUCACUCCGGGCCCUGCACCUGCCGCUAGCAACAUCCAAAGAAGGUAAAAGCAAAAAGGGCUCAAAAAUCAAGAAGAUGGAAGCGUUGCUGAAGGUCAAAGAACAAAUGAAAGUUACUCACAUGGCUGUAUCUGAAGUCAGCAGCUGCUCCUACAAUACAGAUACAGAGGAAGAUGAGGACUCUCUGAGAGACGGAUGGUCCGCACAGCCGCUUGCCAGAUCGCGGUCAUCCAAUAUGUAUAACAUGCUGUCAGGGAAGCCCAGCAAAAUUCAGGGAUACUUCAGGUCUCCUGGUAAUGUCACCUCCAGCUGCGGGACUGUCAGAGCUAAGCAGCCCGUGGGUAGGAAGAGGCCUUUUUGUUUACUGCUGAAGGAGACGGAGGCAGGUUCAUCCUUUAGCGACUCCACGGAGGACUCAUUUGACCAAGAACUGUUCUUUUUCUCAGGCACAGAGUUUGAAUAUACAGAUUCAGAGGGUGAUAUGACGAUCCAGAGAAGGUCACCAACUGGUAUGAUAAGCAGCAGUGUGAAGGAGACCGGGAACACCACACUUUGCAUUGCAGAAGACAAAUCUUGUCCCAACAGCUGUGAGAAGGGGAAGCUACUAGACAAAGUACGCAAGUUUAAGAAGCUAAAAUCCCCCAAAGACCUGAGCCAGGAGUUUGGGGUGGAGGUGAGCGAUGACGAGCUGUGGGGCCGACGUCGCAGUGAGCGCAUAUUUCUUCAUGAUUCCAGCAGCACAACUCCCCUGUUGCCCAUUGCCACCAACGAUUCCCCACCAGCCUCUAAACCCGUCCGCUGCAGUAAAUUACCAGCAAUGAGCCCGAAAAAGGGCAAGGAAAGGAAAGAGCACAGCAAGAAGAAGAAAGGGUCAAUCCCCUGCAUACCUUCAUCCUGCCUGUCUCCUACUGGCACCAGCACCUCUGCUCCUGAGGAUGGGCUCAGUGUAACCAGCUCCAUGACUUGCAGUCGGAAGAAUCGAGCAAAAGGAAAAACAAAGGACCUAAAGAAAGAGAAUCGUGGUAAAGGUGGAGCCGUGAGCAAACUGAUGGAAAGUAUGGCAGCGGAGGAGGAUUUUGAGCCAAGUCAAGACAGCAGCUUCUCUGAAGAUGAGAAUGUCCCACAUGGUCUGUGUCCUGAGCGCCCAACAACCCCUGCUCCUCGCUCAUGUAUAAUAGACAAAGAUGAGCUGAAGGAUGGGUUACGGGUUCUAAUUCCGAUGGACGAUAAGCUUCUUUAUGCUGGCCACGUGCAGACUGUCCACUCCCCAGACAUAUACCGUGUUGUCGUUGAGGGCGAACGAGGAAACCGUCCACACAUAUACUGCCUGGAGCAGCUGCUACAGGAAGCUAUCAUUGAUGUGAAGCCACCCUCAGUCCGCUUCCUGCCUGAAGGCACCAGAAUUGCAGCUUAUUGGAGCCAGCAGUAUCGCUGCCUAUACCCGGGCACCAUCGUGCGAGGGAACCAGGACAUGGAAGAAGAAACAGACCUAAUUACAGUGGAGUUUGACGAUGGUGACACAGGGCGCAUUCCUUUGUCUCAUAUCCGCCUGUUACCACCUGACUAUAAAAUACAGUGUGCUGAGCCAUCCCCUGCCCUUCUGGUACCUAGUGCAAAAAGGCGAAAUAGAAAGUCUAGCAAAGAACAAGUUGAAGCAAAAGACGUAGGUGCAAUGGGUCCUGAGGAGAUGCUGGGAAAGAACAAACCACGUGCUUACAAACCAAGCAAACAGAUUUCAGGAGAAUCUGCAAUACAAGAGAACACAGGUCAGGAGGAGUUUUCACAAAAUGCCAAAUCAGGUCAAGAAAAACAAUCCAUUCUGGUGCAGCCAGUCAUGAAGGUGGCAAUGCAGGUCCCACAGAUAGCUGUGGAGAUGCCACCUCCUCUCAUGCCACAGAAGAUCAGGAGACCUGGCAAACUGAGUAUAACUACUAAGCUCUGCAGCACACAGCACACAACCUAUCCUUUGCCUUUGUUUGGAAAUGUGACAAAUGGAGACCCGAGCUGUGAACAGAACCUGACUGGUUAUAAGCAAAAUGUUCUAGAAGGGAAAAAGAAAACAAAGAAGAGAAGGAAACUAGAAGGGCAGAAAGACUAUGUACCGGUCAUCAAAGGUCAACGAAAACAGUCAGACAAUGAAGUUCUAGUGAAGCUAGACCAUGAAGGUGAUAUGUCUCCAAAGACUAAAAAAACGAAGGAGGCUAUGAUGAGGCUUGAAGAUCCCAACAUUGCAAUGCAGAGAAAUCUGAAGAACAUGGUAGCACCAGUUUAUUCUCCAUUGGCUGCAGGUGAAGCCAAAGAGAAACCAUCUAGAGCUAAGCCAGAUGGAGCUGAGGAAUCUCCAAUACUUGCUUUUGGCACUGAAGUAUUUGAUAGCACAGAGGACAACAAAAAAUGCAAAUCUGAUCAGAGCCAAAAAAACCAGGAUCCCAAUGAAGCUUCUGAAGGCAGCAGUUCCAGCUCUGAGUCUGAGGGGGAGGAAGAUGGCAACAAGCAGAGCCAGGCGCAGGGAGAUGGCAGCCCUAAUAGCUCACGAGCAUCAACCCCUGUGUCAUCCUCUAAAUCCUCUUCCUCAUCCAGCAGCAGUAGCUCAUCUUCCUCCUCCUGUUCUUCCUCAUCUUCAUCCUCCUCUUCUUCAUCUUCAAGCUCCAGCUCCUCCUCCUCUUCAACAACUGAUGAUUCCUCCAGCAGCUCAGAGGAUGAAGCCACAGAGGAUGCCCCCAAUUCCUCAAGUAACCAGCAAUCUGUGCCAAUCAAAGACACAAAGCCUACCAGUAAACUUCGGGCUGCUACACAGGCACAAAAACAGCCAAGACCAGAACAGCAGAAAGCAAACAAGAGCAAGCCUAAGAAAAGAGAAGGGAUACAUCUGCCCACAACCAAGGAGCUGGCCAAGCGGCAGAGGCUGCCCUCUGUGGAAAACAGGCCCAAGAUUGCUGCGUUUCUCCCUGCUAGACAGCUAUGGAAGUGGUUUGGUAAACCUACCCAGAGGAGAGGUAUGAAGGGGAAGGCUAGAAAGUUAUUUUACAAAGCCAUUGUGCGUGGAAAGGAAAUAAUCCGGAUUGGAGACUGUGCUGUGUUCCUGUCUGCUGGUCGCCCAAAUCUACCAUACAUCGGACGCAUACAGAGCAUGUGGGAGUCGUGGGGUAACAACAUGGUUGUAAGAGUCAAGUGGUUCUACCACCCAGAGGAGACCAAUCCUGGCAAGAAGCUUAAUGAGGGCAAGAAUUGGGAUCAAAAAUCAGCAAAAGGAAUUUUAUCAAGUCUUCAGGCAUCGAGUCAACGGAAGGAUUUUAUGGAGCGUGCCCUGUACCAGUCCUCUCAUGUGGAUGAAAAUGAUGUUCAGACUGUGUCCCACAAGUGUCUGGUGGUUGCCCUCGAGCAGUAUGAGCAGAUGCUAAAAACAAAGAAGCAUCAGGACAGCGAGGAUCUGUAUUAUCUUGCUGGGACGUAUGAGCCAACUACUGGCAUGAUCUUUAACACAGACGGAGUGCCUGUCAUCUGCUGAUCAUACAUGGUGCAACAUCAGGACCAAAAUGAUAGGCUUAGAGCAGUCAUCAUUACAUUAUGGCUUAAGGGCUGGGAAGUGUCCACUCGGCCCAUACAUUCAUAACAUCAAUGAAAGGGAUUACAUAAUAAAACUUAGUCUUUAGAAAGCACUUAAGCAUCUUAGAAGAGAAACGUAUUGUUCCUUUGUAACUAGUUCUUAAUGUUGACUGAGAAGUGUCGUCCAAGCACAGGAGAAAUGCUGGAUGACCUCAAUUGAAUGUUUUUGUCCAGGACAAUUCGACAGAUGAAUGAUUUCACCAUAAAACACUUGUUCCAGAAUCUAUUGCGGGUUCGGUUUGGGGCCUGAAUCACACGUCACAUCAUCAUACACUAGAGAAUCAACUUUGUAUCUGAUUCCUCAGGUGGAAUAUGGGAAGAUUUGUGAAUAUGGAAACACGAAAGCACUUAAUGAACAAAGCAAGCAAUGGGUGGCUAUAGAGAGGCUUUUUAUUUUUUUAUACAAAUUUUAAAGUCAGCCGAAGCUUUGCAGAGCGCCAGGUGGGAACAGAAUUCAUGGGUGAAUGUAAACUGGCAGCUCAAGAUAUGAACUUGAUGGUUCCUACCUGCAGGACCAAAACCCUCAUAACCUCUCCAUGUACAGUUUUAUGCCUACAUUCUGUAUUAUAUGUCUUUAAAUGGAUUCAUCUUUUUAAUGGUAUAUAUAAAUAUAAAUAUAUAUAUAUAUAUAAAAUACAUAUAUAUAAAACUCUAAAACCUUUUCAAACUGUGAACAGUCAGCAAUUAUUAAAAAAGAAAAAACACAGUGUGAUGAGGAAUAUUUGGUUGUGUAAAAGCCACGACACACCACAGCCCACCAGAUCCAGCACAAGCACUUAGACUGCCCAGCGCCUUGUCCGACCUUCAAUUUCCAGACAAUCUCGAGGUGCAAAGAUUUGUCUUGUUUAACUUGUGUUCUCUUUAGUUUUGUGGGGCAAUUCUGUGCGUUUCCUUUUUUAUUUUAUUUUUUUUAUAAAAAAAUAUGGUGGGCAA